UGGUUUGCUUUCAGAACAGGGACUUCUGAGUGACUGCAGGAACAGUUACUUCCAAAUGACCUCCUGCAUCUUAGCGGGGAGCAUUGAGACCACACCCAAGGUCUCUCCUGGAGAUUCUGAAGCCAAACCUCUGAUCUUCACAUUUGUCCCCACUCUCAGAAGACUACCAACCCACAUUCAGUUGGCUGACACUUCUAAAUUCCUUGUUAAAAUUCCCGAGGAACCAACUGAUAAGAGUCCAGAAACUGUAAAUAGGUUUGAGUACAGUGAUCAUAUGACCUUCAGCUGUGAGAGCAAACAGAAGAAGGACCAGAGGUUACUGGAUUGUUCCUCAGAGGUCAGUGGGAGGAAUUCACAACCAAAGGAAUUCAAUACGAAGGAACCUCAAGGAAUGCAGAAAGGUGAUCUCUUCAAAGCAGAAUAUGUUUUUAUUGUGGAUUCUGAUGGGGAAGAUGAAGCAACAUGCAGACAAGGUGAACAAGGCCCUCCAGGGAGUACAGGCAACAUAGCUACUCGGCCCAAGUCUCUGGCUAUUUCUUCUAGUCUGGCUUCUGAUGUGGUCCGUCCCAAAGUACGAGGGGCUGAUCUGAAGGCCUCACCACAUCCUGAAAUUCCUCAUGGGAUAGCCCCUCAGCAAAAGCAUAGGCAGAAAACGCCACCUGUCCCAGCUAACGUCAGAGGAACCACUGUGCUAGAGGAGUUUCACACUCGCAGGCUGGAUGUCACUGGGGCCUCCGAGGAAGAAACAACUACGUAUUUUCACACUACUGCUCCCGAUUCCCCCCUUUCUGCAUGGAAGGGCGCUUCGACAUUAGUAUUUUCUUCUUCCGCCCAACUGCCAGGUUCUAGUCUAUGUGGCUCAAAUGUCGCUGAUCACACACGUGGGCUGGCACCGGAGGCCCAGAAGGAAAUGUCGACUUUGAAUGUCCUUAAUCCCAGGGAAGAUGUGAGAACCUCUCCUUCGCCUGUCUCUGGUGCUUCUCUGACUGCACCUUCAGCUUCUUACAUACCAGUCCGCAUUGUCAUGCACUCACUCUCCCCAAGUCCCAAACCACUUACCUCCUCUUCCCAUGGCUCUUUGUCUACUGUCUGUAGCCAAAUGUCAUCCAGUGGAAAUCUUUCAAAGUCAGGGCUGAAGUCCCCAGUACCCUCUCGGCUUUCUCUGCUCACUGCUAUUCUCAAGUCAAACCCUUCUCACCAAAGGCCUUUAUCCCCUGCAUCCUGCCCAACCUUCUCCCUCAAUUCCCUGGCUUCUUCUACUCUUACACUUGAUCAAAAGGUAAAGCAAACUCCACCCACACCCAAGAAAUCUCUCUCAAGUUGCUCAUUGACAGUUGGGUCUGCAGAGCAAGAACACCAGCCUUCUGCAGAGAGCCACCAACCCAGCCACCUCCCUUUCUUUUCCAAGACUACUCUACUUUCUCAGGCACACCCCCUCUCUCCACCAGCACUGGCUCGUAGCAGUUAUGCUUCUACCGAUGUAGAGAAAAUAGCAGGAAGCAAACUGAGGAGCAGUACAACCCCACCCCAAUUACAGACUGAUACAUUCAGUCUUGCUGAUGGCCCUUCUGUUACACCAGGCUUGUCCCCUCUUUCUUCUUCCAAUGGCAGAAAGGAUGAUGACCUCAGGGCUCCAGAAAAGAACAAGGAUAUUUUUAUACACCCUUCUACCUUAUUGUCUUCUACACUACCUGUUGAUGAGAGCUCGGCCCCUUCCUCUUCAGGGAAAUGUUUCCACCCUUCCCCAGCCCUCUCAGACCUGAUAGAUAGAUCCAAAAGAGCAUGCUCCCAACAACACCCAGGCCAGCGGCCAAGCCCUUCAGCUCUUACUACUCCUCCACUCACCAGGGCUGGCUCAGCUUCUCAUCCCCUCUCAGGGUACUCUAUGCUCCCUCCCAAGACUUCACUCACCCAGGCACUUCAGCCUAGUCCUUCAGCACUGCACCAGAGUUGUACGAGUGCUACAUGUCCUUCAAGAACUGGGAUGCCUGAAAGUACAGCAUCCAACCACAGCUCACAUGUUUCAACUCCAUCACUUCCUGUCUGUCUAACAAGAACGAAGGAGCUGCUCUCACCUUGUGCCAUGUCCAUGUCAACAGGCCCUGAAAAUAAGAAGCCCAAGGCACUAGAUGAACCAACCAGGACUGAAAGCAACUCCAAGGCCAGCGUGUUAGACCUACCAGUGGAGACUCCAACAACUCAUCCAAGAGCAGCCGGUCGAGAAACUAAAUAUGCAAAUCUUUCAUCAUCCUCCUCUUCAGCAUCUGAGAGUCAACUGACUAAGCCUGGAGUAAUUCGUCCAGUACCUGUAAAAUCCAAACUAUUUCUGAAAAAGGAAGAAGAAGUUUAUGAACCCAACCCUUUCAGUAAAUACCUUGAAGACAACAGUGGCCUGUUUUCUGAGCAGGAUGUGGCCAUCCCUUACCAGCCUGUCUCUCUCCAUCCUUUAUAUCAGUCCAAACUCUACCCUCCUGCUAAGUCCUUGCUACAUCCACAGACCCUCUCUCAUGCUGACUGUCUUACCACAAGACCCUUCAGUCAUUUUUCUUCCUUCUCACUGAGGGAUGAGCAGGAGAAAUCCCCCACUCUUCUUAGUCAGGACACAUACAAUAAGCUGGGCAUCUUUUCUGUGAAGCUGGGUCAUCCCAUGGUGACAAUACCUGAACAUAACACUCUUGACUUUAAGAGUAACGAGGCUGGAGUGGAAAUGGAAACCAGUCUGUUGAAGAGUUUUUGAAUUGCCAUUGCUAGCUGCUUGCUGGACUUAACUCGUGCUUUUUCGGAAGGCGUGCUCUGUUGAUGGUCUCAGUCCAGCAGAGGCACCUGAAAGGUUUGCUGCAGCCACACAGCAUUACCACACUUCUCGAAACCCAGAGCAGGAUCAUAGCCCUUUAGUUUCUUGCAUUGCCGUUCAAGCCUAUAAUGCCUUCUAUUAAGUUGACAGCAAUACUAAUGUUCCCCUAUAUUUAGCAGUCAAAUAAAGAAGAAUUAUAGCUGAAUGCA